AUGGAAACCCACAGUUCGCUACGCCACGAUGUGCCACGACAACGCAGGGCUGCAACCGAAGGACCAACUCUCCCUAAGCGCGGAUCUGGACCAACAGCGAGGAAAGCCGACCGCUCGACAGUUAACACAGGAUCUUACCGGCAGAAAUACUCUAGGUAUAAAGACGAAGAGACGGCGCGUUACAAUGAUCAACAGGAAAGCGAUCCGCGUCGUCGUAGCUAUGAAGUUGAUAGACUAGCAAAUCUCAAGGAAUUGAUUCUAGCUCAGAAAGACGAGCAGAUUAGGAGGGAAACUGCUGCGGAUGCGAGAAGCGGUGCAGAGCAACACGUAGCCGAUAUGGAAGCUGCAAGAAUAGAUGAGGAGAAGAGAGCAGCGGUCGAGAAAGCAAAACAGUUGUUGGAGGCUACGCAAAGAGCAAGAGAGCCGGCUGAACAGAAGGCAGCAGAGAAGCGGGAGGAAUUAAAAGCCGCCCUUACGAAAACCCUACAACAAGAUUUGAAAGAAACGGCGCGAGAAUUAGAGGAAGCCAGAGCAAUUGCACAAGAGAAGAUGAAUGUGCCACUCAUCUUCCACGAUGCCGUCGGUCGCAAGUUCGAAUGGAAUCCGGGAUUUCAUCGCGAAUAUUAG